UUCAUUGUUUUGCAUAACUUUUCAUGUUUUCUUCUCAAAUUGAGAACAAAAGUUUUUAUUAUGGAGCCCAACAUUUUUUUCCUUUCUUUUCUGGCCAACUUGAAUCCAAAUGAUGAAAAAGAUCUUAAGAAAAAGUAUUUUCUCUCCUCAUAUUUAUUUUCUUCUUAUAUUCACCCUUUCCAAACACAACCUAAAUAAGAUAAAAAAAAUAACGAAACCCACAGUCAGGAAACAGAAUGAUUCCCGUCUCGUGCAGUUCUGCUUCCGUCGACGUGCUCGCCGGCACUUAAGCUUCCACUCACGUCGCGUGUAGUUCCUUCGCCAAGAUUCUCUUUCGCGUUGUCAAUGCUGGUGGUUUGAAACACCAAAACAUGAAAUUUUAGGUCAGAUCUGUAGAAAUUCUGAAAUCUCUGCGGAGCAAACUCGUUUUCAAAACGCGAUUUAAAAGCAGCAUCAGGAACCACUACAAUGGAUAAACAAAUACACACAUUCUUACAUAAACUUUCAUUCGUCGCAAUAACCAUAGCUUCAAUAACACUCGUCUCUCUCUUCCUCCGUACACCCGAGACAUGUGUACCCCCCGAAGCCCCAUCCAAACCCCACCUCCGUUUCCCCAAAUCCACCUGUGACUUCACCACCAACCGCCCUCACCUCCCAUCCGACAAAAAAAACAACCGUCUCUGGUCCUCACGUGACUGGAACAACAAACUCCACUCUAUCUCCCUUCUCUUCCUUCCUAUUCGCGAUCUUGGCCUUCUCCCUAACCACUCCAAAAUCCUCUGUGUAUCCGCCGGUGCCGGUCACGAAGUCGCCGCGUUGUCGCGACUUGGCGUUGAGGAUGUUACCGGUGUUGAGAUUUUUGACUCUCCGCCUCUUGUUAGCCGAGCUGAUCCGCAUAAUUUGCCGUUUUUUGAUGCUGCUUUUGAUUUUGCUUUUACGGCGAGGUUUGAUGAGGCGCUUUUUCCGGCUAGAUUUGCGGCUGAGAUGGAGAGGGUUGUUAGGCCUGGUGGUGUUUGUUUUGUUCUUGUUGGGGAGUGCGGGCCACGUGAGGUUAGGGAUGUUGUGAGGUUAUUUAGGAAUUCUAGGUUUGUUAGUUCCAGUAAUGUUAGUUUGGUUGGAAUUAGAAUGACUAGUAUUCUUAUGAGAACUAGAAAAUCUUAUUCUUAAUUCAUGCUUACAUUUUUCAAAUAUAAUUAUAUAAUUUUGUGUA